AAGCAAAUUAUUGUCUUAGAAUCAGAAAAAUUCAAUAAUUGAAAAACGGAGCCGGCGACUUCGAGGCUUCACUGCUCCAGAGUCCAGAGUCCAGCUCAGCUCGAGAGACGAAUGAGCGAAUUCAGCAGCGGCUGAUUAGCGAAUGCUCGUUGCGUAAAAUUGAAUUUUUUUCCCCUCUCAACGGUUUUGAACUCUUCGAAGUAGGAGAAAAUUUUCCGCCCGUUGUCAUCAUCGUAGCUACGCCUGUGUUUACAUUUUCUGCGUCUCGUUCGGCGAUCGACGAGGCAAAAAAAAGAAAGGAAACCUGCUAUUCCGUCAUGAAAUGACGAAUUCGAGCGGCCCAUAAAGAAACUGCUUUUUUUGGAAAAAUGGCGAUUAUUAUUUAAUUUUGUCGUGGCCAGUAGUUGGAACUAAAUAUUAAAUGUAUACUAAGGGUAGUAAAAUCAUCUUGCUUAUUUACUUCUAACAAAGAUCAAAUCUUUGACAAAUACUAAAGCUUAACUAUGUAUCAGUCUACCUUUUCACCUCACACAAUGGUACAAGUAGUGGGUAGUUAUCAAGCAAAUGGACAAUUUCUUUCUCUGCAAAAUCAUGCAUUUUAUACCAGUAGUCCAACUAAUAUGCAUCAAGAAUUCAUUCAGUUUGGUCGUAAUACUUCAAAUAAUAAUAGACAACGUGCAACACAGCAAGGAUCUUAUCCUUUUGAAAUUUUACAUCGCUUUAACAUGGAAGCACAAAAUGCUAAUUAUGCCUUGCAUACUGGUGGAACUACUACAAAUUGGCCUCAACGAAUGAAUUCUCCGAAUAGCGCCCCUACAACACCGCAAAGAAUGAACACAUCGAAUCCUUUAUCAAUAACACCAGUACAACCGAGAAUAAAUUACAGACCAAUGACUACGGGAUCCACAAAAAAGCAUGUUUGGAGUAACAAUAAUAAAUUAGACAAACGACACUCUUACCAAGAUCUACCAUUACUUCAAGAGUCAUGUAACAAUAGCGACAGUGGUUUUAGCUCUCGUUCGCCAACACCUAAUAAAUAUUACAAGAGUAGUAGUCAAACUGAGAGUUCCGACGAACGAGAUUCUUUACCUUCUGUAUCAGAACUUCAAUAUAAAAAUAGAAACACAAGGCAAAAUCACAGCAAUCGAGGAAGUUUAGUUACGAGCUUGUCCACUAGUAAUUUAUACCAAGAUGACCGAUUAUCUAAUGAUUUCAAUGAAAUGGUACCAAGAUCUGUAGUUCAAAAUCAUCAAAAUAGAAGAAAAUAUCCAACAGCAAGGAUUACCCCAACAAUACAACGGCCACAGCGAGGAAAAAAGUUUACAGGAGCAAUUCUGUCAGAAGUUAAUGUCUGUCCAAAAUAUUAUUAUAGUCCAGCAGAUAGAUUUCUUGACAGAUCACAUCUCAUACAAACAAAACAACGACCAAGUAAGUUAUUAACAGGCUCCGUUUACGACAAAUUAUCAAAGGCUAUUUGGGAAAAGUUUGAGCAGAAUCAACUGACACAAAGUACUUUUUGCCAUAAAAUGUAUUUAUGGAAGUAUCUCUUUUUUUAUAUUAAGUCAAGAUUUCCUCAGUAUGGGCUGUUCAUGGUAGGUUCUACACUGAAUGGUUUUGGAUCUAAUGUUAGCGAUGUUGAUAUGUGCCUUCUCGUUCGAGAUACAGCAGUAGAUCAAAGGAGUGAAGCUAUUUAUCGACUAGGGCAAAUUAUGUCAUGUCUUAAAAGAAGUGAUUUCAUCAGUCAUUUGGAAUUAAUACAGGCUAAAGUACCAAUAUUAAAGAUACGUGACAAUGUUUACAAUUUAGAUGUCGAUUUAAACUACAAUAACGUGGUUGGUAUUCGAAAUACUCACCUGUUGCAUUGCUACUCCCGAAUCGACUGGAGAGUACGACCCUUAGUUCUGGUAGUUAAAAUGUGGGCACAAUGUCAAAAUAUUAAUGAUGCAAGGCAUAUGACGAUAUCUAGUUAUUCUUUGGUCUUAAUGGUGAUCCAUUUUUUACAAUGUGGAGUGACUCCUGCAGUAUUACCAUGUUUGCACAAUCUUUUUAAAGGCAAGUUCCAUCCCCUUUCUGACAUUCAUAGUAUUGACAUUCACGAAGAAUUAAACAUACCAAAUAAUGCACUGCAUCCACGUAAUACUCAAACACUUGGGGAGCUUUUAAUAGAAUUUUUCAGAUAUUACGAUUCAUUUGAUUAUGAUCUGUAUGCAAUCUCAGUACGCGUAGCUGGUAAGAUUCCUAUCGAAACAUGCAGGUAUGUUCGAUCCUUUAAGAAUGAUCCACAUCAAUGGAAGUAUCUAUGCAUAGAAGAACCAUUUGAUUUCACUAAUACGGCAAGAUCAGUUUAUGACUUAGCGAUUUUCCAGAUGAUUAAAGAAAUCUUUAAACAAACGCAUCAGCGAUUAAAGAAGAGUAAUAAUCUAAAUAGUAUAUUUACGAGGUUGGAGAAUAAUCUGUGAUGAGAUAGUUUCUCACCCACGAAAACGUGGUCACGACUAUUGUCAAAUAUAUAUAUGAAAGCUUACUAUAAUUUAUUUUAUAUGAAACUAGAUCGAGGAGAAUUUUCUCCAAAAAGCCUAACAACGUAAUUGAAAGUACAAGAAGGCUAAAAAUAUGCAGUUGAGGGAAAACUACAAGUCCGAUAUUAUUAUAUCGUUAUGAAGGGACCAUUAAUACUUUUCACGGUCCAGAGAUUAUUUUAUUAUACACCAUAUUUACAAUGUAUUUUUUCAACUUUACUCAAAAUGAUUAUAUAUUGUGUGGAAGGAGAAAGGCUGAAAUUACGCCAUGAAAGUACGAAGUAUGAAAUUAUUGAAAAAUAUUCUUUUAAAUCAAAGUUUGUGCGUACUAAGUGCAAUAAAGUGGCCUCAAUAAAACGAGAUUGUAUCGAAAAUCGUUGGAAUAAAUGCGGACAACGACAAAUCUCAAAUGCAAUUGUCAAGAAAUUUAUUUAAAAAAAAUCAAACUGUGACAUUAAAAAAAAAAAAAAAAAAAAAAA